AUGCAGUUAUAUUUAACACUUAUCUUUCUAUUAAGUUUGGUUGAAUGUUCAUAUAUAAGUUUCAUAUCGAAUAAUGCAGACGAAAUAUUGGAAACCGAUGUAAUUGAAACUUUAUCGUACGCUACGGUGACAAUAGGUGAGCCUUAUGUUGCACAAUCGGUAGUGGUAACAAGAGUAUCCGCAUCUUCUCAUAGCCCUCUAACAGUUUCGCCAAAAAAUAGAGUGAGCGCAUCUCCGAUUAAUUCACAAGGCAGCGAUUCUACUUUAAGAACAGUAAUUCAACCUUCUUUGUUGUCAUCAAAUUACGCAAGCCAAUUCUCUCAAACAAUAAGCGCACAAUCCAAUAAUGAUCCUACUGUCACCGGUUUAAAUAGUUACACAAAUGAUGGUUCGAAAACCAUAAGUUCAGUAGACAGUUUAAGUUCGGUUUCUGGCGUUCCUUCGGUUUCAGGCGUUCCUUCGGUUUCAGGCGUUGCUUCGGUUUCUGUCGUUGCUUCGGUUUCUGUCGUUGCUUCGGUUAUUUCUAGUGCUCCAACAAUGCGUAAAGUCACUACAUUAUUAUCUCAAACUGCUUCGACUUCGACUUCGACUUUGUUUUCUUCAUCUUUAUCUAUCUCAGGGACACAGUUAAAUGGCACUUUAUUAACUUCUGUUUCAAGAGGUACGAUCGAUCCACUGGUAACUCAAAUGCCUUCCUAUUCCUCCCAAGAAACAAAAAUAAUUCCUUCUUCAUUGACCUCGAAUAAAACAAUAUAUACUAUUUCAGUCAGCGCAAAUACAGCUACAGCUACUAGCAGAGAAUCCUCCUUUGCUUCAACUCCUGCUUCCUCGACUUUGUUCUAUCCAUCCAAUUCCACUCAGGAUUUAGUCCAAUCGCUGGCAUCUUCAACAGUAAGCCCUACUUACCCAUCCAAUACGACUCAAAUCACUCUUUCUCCAUCAGUAUCACUAUAUUCCACGGCUAGUCCAAUUUACCCUUCAAAUAUAACAGAAAGUGUUCUUUCUUCAUCAUCACCAUUACUAUCAUCAACUGUUAGUCCGGUUUAUCCAUCAAAUUCAACACAAAAUACUCUUUCCACAUCAUUAUUUUCGACGGUAGAUUCUUCUUCCUCUUCACUUUAUUCGACAUUAGAUACCAUUUAUGUAUCUUCCUCAACACAAGCCACCAUCUCUUCAUCAUCAUCUUCUGAACAAACAAGCACUUCCCCUUCUUCUUUGUCAACCUCUACUAGCAGCACGGCUACCGCAACGGAGAACUUCUCAACUACGACUAUUGUCAAUCUUUUCAAUGCUGUUUCAACAGAUGAACCACCAACUGUUUUCAACAGAUCUCCAAAUCCUAUGUCAUUGGCUGAUGGGGUGUCAAACGACGGUCCCAUCCAAACAAACAAGUUUUACACAAAUUUGAUUGUUGGUAGUCAAGAAUCACCAGCAUUUGUGUACCCUUAUUCAUUAUGGAAGUAUACCUCAAGUUCAUAUGGUUUUGCUGUUCAACAUACAACAGUAGACCAAUAUAGCUACGGUGGUUAUGACAGUUCCGGUAACGCAGAAUAUUUGGUCAAUCCCUUGGGAAUUGCUCAUGUUGUUUUCUCUGCUUCGAAUUUUGACUCAAGUAUGACUAUGCAGGUUGAUGAAAUGACCCUGUCUUCAACAAGGGUCGUGUUAUCAGAAUCUAAUGGUUCUUCAAAUUACCUCGAAAUUCCUUUGGUUCAAGGCAUGGGAUUUGCAACCGGUAUAUACCAUGGCUCUUUAAAUGCCAAAAUUGGUUCCAGCGUCGGAUUCAAUACCAUUGUUUCUGAAUCAUCAAGCAACUUAGCUCAGGGUAUUCUCAAAUAUCGCAUCACCCUGUUGAAUGGGGUCACUUGGUUAUGUUUCGUGAUAGGACCAGAUGAUUUAGCCUCAACCGACUUUUCAUUGCAGGUGACCUCAGAAUAUGAAAUUGAAGCAAACACUAGUGUUGAUGGUCUUAUUAUUCAAUUAGCCGUUGCACCUUCCGAAACGGAUUACGAAGUCUUUUAUGAUCAAGCCGCAGGUAUGUACGUUACUGAUUUCAAACUGCAGGGUGUUUCUGACGGUUCUACUGCUACAUAUGAAUUUUCUUAUACCACUCAAGGUGAGUCGGCAUCAGGUAGCACAAUGAUUUUUGCCUUGCCCCAUCAUGAAUCUUCAUUUAGUGAUGCAAUGCAAGACUACUAUACCGGCAUUCAACUGGCUUCUACAACUAAAGGUGUAAUGAAUGGUUAUUUAACAACAAGCCUACAAUUUUCCACCUCCUUGAACAGGCAAAUAUCCUGGUUACCAUGGUCCUCUCAACUUGGCUCUACUCCUCUAGAGUAUUCUGAAGAGCAAUUGCAAUUACUAGCUGAAGUUGCUAAUUCCGAAUUACAGGUCAGUAUUUCGGAAAGUAUAAGCGGAUUGAACACAUAUUAUUUGGGUAAGGUUAUUGAUAAGUAUUCUUAUAUUCUUUUAACGGUCUCUGAAAUCAUCCAAGAUGAAGCCAGCACUAAGAGUACUUUGGAAAACAUCAAAUCGGCCUUUGAAAUCCUGCUACAAAAUGCGCAAACCUAUCCACUGAUUUACGACACAAAGUUUAACGGUUUGGUCAGUUCAGGAGAUUGGGGUUCGACCAGCACGCAAUACGAUUUUGGUAACACCUAUUACAAUGAUCAUCAUUUCCAUUAUGGUUACAUUAUUCACGCAGCUGCCGUCAUUGGCUACGUUGACUCUAAACUAAAUGGUACUUGGGCUACCGACAAUAAAGAUUGGGUCAAUUCAUUGGUAAGAGAUGUCGCCAAUCCAUCUGAAAAAGAUGCAUACUUUGCACAAUCAAGAAUGUUUGAUUGGUUCAACGGUCAUUCAUGGGCAGCUGGACUUUAUGAGAACGGUAACGGUAAGAACGAAGAAAGUAGUAGUGAAGAUUACAAUUUUGCCUAUGCCAUGAAGUUAUGGGGGGCAACUAUCGGUGAUCAGUCAAUGGAAUUGAGAGGUGACUUGAUGAUUAGCAUAAUGAAGGAUUCCAUGAACGACUAUUUCUAUUAUCAAAAUGACAACACAGUUGAGCCUGAAGAAAUCAUAGGGAAUAAAGUGAGUGGUAUUUUAUUCGACAAUAUUAUCGAUUAUACCACUUAUUUUGGAACAAAUACAGAAUACAUCCACGGUAUUCAUAUGCUACCUAUCACACCGGUUUCUUCUAAUAUUCGGUCUGAGACUUUCGUCGAAGAAGAAUGA